ACUUUGCAGUAAAUGGUAACUGGGAGCCACUGAUGACAGCCUCACCCCGAUGUGGGUUCAGUGUAGUUGUACAUCCUGAGGGUGUGGUCAUCUCUGUUCACUAUGCACCUUGCCUGGAAAAAAAGGAUGGGCUCUACACACUUGAACUAGCUGGAGAUGGAGAAAUUAAAAUUUCCUGUCCAUCACUGUCUGCUGCACAAACUGAAACACCAAGCAAAGGGGUGCCUCCCCCCACCCCAUCACAUAAUUUUGGUCCAGCUCGGAGUCCUCAGCCUGCUCUUCCCCAGGUCCCAGGUUUUCCUCAGAAGCCAGAGGCACCUAAUGAAAAACUGAAUCAGGGGCCAAAGGAUAUCAAUCAACCUCAGUUACCUUACUAUCCUUUUUACCCUUGGCCGGCCCAGCCUGAACACGUGCCUGUUGAAAAAGAACCUCCCAUACAGGCCUCAGCUGCCCCAAUACCUAAUGGCAGAUGGGGAAACCCUUUUUACCCUUACCCAUACAAUGUUAAACCACCUAACACUAAAGUCCCUCCUGCACACAGGCCUGAACCAAAACCUUUACCUACAUCAUCGCCACCAGUCGUCCAAAGUACUAAAGGCCAAAGAAAACAACCUUACUACCCCUUUCCAUUUUAUCCUCAACCACCUAAGCCUGAAACUCCCCCUACACAGGCACCAGUAACUAAACCACCACCAGGUAAGUUGGGCGAACAUGUCAUUCCCAAUCCAUUUAACCCCCCCCCUGGACCUCCUCAAAAACCUGCCGAACCACCUGUAAGCCAGCCUGAGAAACACAUACCCUUUAAUCCAUUUCCUCCUUACCUUCAACCACCACCUUCUGAAGAUCCUCAAGUAAAACAACCUCUCCAGCCGCUGUAUCCUGAAAUCCCUGAAAAGACUGUGCCACCAAAGCCCCCAGUUUCUCAGGAACCUCAGGGACAAAUAUAUCAGCCAUUCUACCAUUACCCAUUUCACCAUCCAUUUUGGCCUCAAGGUCCUUUUCAGACGCACAUGCCACCCGCACAGCGAACCCCUACACCAGCUCCAAAGAGGCAAGUACAACAAUCUCUUAGCCCUUUGCAACCUGAGGCAUCUAAACCCCAAGUCCCUGGAAAGUUGUUGCCUAACAAACCAGCUUCAGGGAGAAAAGAGCCAUCACAACCCGAAGCCCCUCAGGGUCAGGUACACCAAUACCCUUACCCUUACCCUCUCUACCCUCACCCUCUCUACCCUCAGCCAGAGCCAACUGAAAAGCCAACCACUGUCCAACAACCACCACAACAGCCUGGAGCCCCUCAGGGUCAGGUACAACAAUACCCUUACCCUCUGUACCCUCACCCUCUCUACCCUCAGCCAGAGCCAACUGAAAAGCCGACCACUGUCCAACAACCACCACAACAGCCUGGAGCCCCUCAGGGUAAGGUACACCAAUACCCUUACCCUCUCUACCCUCAGCCAGAGCCAACUGAAAAGCCGACCACUGUCCAACAACCACCACAACAGCCUGGAGCCCCUCAGGGUAAGGUACACCAAUACCCUUACCCUCUGUACCCUCACCCUCUCUACCCUCAGCCAGAGCCAACUGAAAAGCCAACCACUGUCCAACAACUACCACAACAGCCUGGAGCCCCUCAGGGUCAGGUACACCAAUACCCUUACCCUCUGUACCCUCACCCUCUCUACCCUCAGCCAGAGACAACUGAAAAGCCGACCACUGUCCAACAACCACCACAACAGCCUGGAGCCCCUCAGGGUCAGGUACACCAAUACCCUUACCCUCUCUACCCUCACCCUCUCUACCCUCAGCCAGAGCCAACUGAAAAGCCAACCACUGUCAAACAACCACCACAACAGCCUGGAGCCCCUCAGGGUCAGGUACACAAAUACCCUUACCCUCUGUACCCUCACCCUCUGUACCCUCAGCCAGAGCCAACUGAAAAGCCAACCACUGUCAAACAACCACCACAACAGCCUGGAGCCCCUCAGGGUCAGGUACACCAAUACCCUUACCCUCUGUACCCUCAGCCAGAGCCAACUGAAAAGCCAACCACUGUCAAACAACCACCACAACAGCCUGGAGCCCCUCAGGGUCAGGUACACAAAUACCCUUACCCUCUGUACCCUCACCCUCUCUACCCUCAGCCAGAACCAACUGAAAAGCCGACCACUGUCCGACAACCACCACAACAGCCUGGAGCCCCUCAGGGUAAGGUACACCAAUACCCUUACCCUCUGUACCCUCAGCCAGAGCCAACUGAAAAGCCAACCACUGUCCAACAACCACCACAACAGCCUGGAGCCCCUUGGGGCCAAGUUCACCAGCCAUUCUACCCCUUCUACCCCCAGCCAAAGCCUGAAAAUCAGCCAGUUGAGAAGCCAGUGCAUAAACCCUCUUACCAACAACCAUACAAGAUACCAGAUGCUGGAACAAAUGGUGCUAAAACUGCCACUGAAAAGCCAGUCCCAAGUGAAAAGCCUCCAGGUGUCAAACCUCCAGAUGGCCAGGUGUAUCCAACUUUCAACCUGUACUACCCACAGCAGCCCCAGCACCCUCAGCCAAUAACAUUACCCCCUGCUACCAACGUGCAGCAGCGACUAAUGAUCCCCAUUGCACAACCUAGUAAUGGUGGUAUAUUCCCACAAGGUCCACAGCCAGGCUCUCCACAUAUGCCUUCUUUGUACUGCCCUCAAUUUUGCCUGUCUGGAUUUUCUAAUUGCUGUCCACAAAUUGCAUUUCAUCAGCAUCUCCAUCAUAUUGUUCCAGCUGGACUUGGCAGUAAAGAUACUCCUCCAGUCUAUCCAGCACUGCCUUUUGUCCCUUCACUGGCAUAUUCUGGGUUUGGUAAUGCCUUGGGCACUGCUGUCCUUCCUCAAAAGUCAACUGAAGCAACGACUAUGCAAGCUUCCACCUCUGCACCUACUUCUCCACUUGGAAAUGGAAAGCAGCCCUACUUCCAGCCACCAGAUGGCAACCUCGCUGCACCAACAAGUAUUUCCAAGAAGCCUGUAAAUCCUCAACUACCAACUUACCCUUAUUUUGUACCUAAUUCACAAUAUCCUAAUUGGCCGUAUGUACCACAGAGUCAGAUGCAAAACUUACCACAAAGCCAAUCAGCAGCUGACUACAAUGUUCUCUCUAAUCCUCAGGCUCCAGGUAAUGACCCAGUAAAUCCAUUGGUGCAAUAUAAGCCUUAUUACAUACAGCCCCCAGGGCAGCAAAUGAGCCAGCUAUCACCUGCAGACAUGAAUAAUCCCUCUGGGCCUAAUUUAAUGUAUUUUACUGGUCAAUAUCAAAAAAAGGAGCAUACAGCAAACCAGCAAAUUAAACCUAGAGCUAAGGCACUACAGCCACUUAACAUGGAAUCCAGUGACUCUAAGGGGCAGAUGCAUCCUAAAGUCCAAAGUGAACUUGAUCCUUUUCUGAUCCCUUACUACAUGCUUCAAGAUGCUCAAGCUUCUACAUAUAACUCGUCACAACCACAGUCAUUUGUGAGUGGCUCAAAGAAAUCCACCAAACAUAAUCAGACUGUCCAUCCCUACUCUGAACCUAAGAGUUAUUUGCUGCUACAGCAUGGCCCACCUGGUAGGGAGCCCAACAGUUUCCAUGAAUCGCCGCUGCCUUUUAGAGAUCUGGUUGAUGAUGCAAACUUGCAGGCACAAAAUCUUGCGAGGCAUGACAGUAGUAAACCCCAACAUCCUCAGAAUUUAAAUCCCCCUCAGGACAAACACCCGGAUCUCAAAUGGCAAGGGAAAAUGGCCAAUCCCUUACCUGGAAAUGUCAACUACAUGCCGAGGCCUGGUGAUGAAUCAGAAAAUGUGCCAUCGUUUGUCUCUGCUUUGAAUGACCCUCAUUUUCUGGAUCUGCCUCAGGACCCUUCUUUCAGUUCAGUGCAUUUAAAGCCUGAAUUCCCUGAAUCACUGAAAGAUAUGUGGAAGCCCCUUAUGCCUCUAGGGUCCAACCAAAGGAUUCCAGCUCAUGUUCCUGGAGAGGCAUUUCAGCAACGGAGUGCUGCAGCUGACUACCAAACAAACGGACUGAACCAAGCCAUCCAGAGAGAAGCUGGAAAUCAGAAGCAGAAACAAGUUGCCCUCAAUGUGAAUAAACAAUUUAAACAGUACCUCAGCUUGUGCUUCUUUCCCCAGCAAUAAGCUUAAGAAUUAGUUUUUGUCUGGGUAGCAUAUUGGUAAAAAUAUGGGUGGGUAAACAAAAUCUGGAAAGUGGGUGUAAAACAAAUGAUAGAAGUUGAUCUCUUUUGACAGAGGCAGUAAAGCAUGUAUUUUUGACUACUUUGAAAGUUAAUGGUUUAGUCAGUGCUUGUUGGCAU